CUGAAAUACUUACAAGUUGAAUUCGUGUUCCCCUGAGAAUAGCUCUUUUUGCAGGAGCUUGCAGGUUUCCCUUACCCUGCUCCUGCCCCUGCGUCAAAUGAUGCUCGAGUUUCAUCACUAUAAAAGCACCUGUCUUUGCCAGGCAUCACUCGUAUCUCACUUCCUCUCUCUUUCUCUCUCCCACCACACUCUCACACGGGGCAGUGAGAAGGGACUCCGCAAGCAGCAAAGGUCAGACUAGCAUUCCACUUCUCCACCUGGAAACAUGAGUUACUCCGGCGACGUCUACUCCAGCAGUUCCUAUCGGAAGAUCUUCGGGGAUGCGCCCCGGAGCUCCGGCCGCAUGUCGGUGGGCAGCAGCCCCUCUCGCCUGUCCGGCGGAUACCGCUCCAGCGGCUCACACCGCAACUAUGGCUCCCCAUCCAUGGUCACAUCCUCCGGCUACCGCAAGGCGGGUGCCGGGCGCAACUUCCACUCCUCCAUGCCCGACUCCAUGGACUUGACCCAGUCCACGGCCGUCACCAACGAGAUGAAAAUCAUCCGCACCAACGAGAAGGAGCAGCUCCAGGGCUUGAACGACCGCUUCGUAUCCUUCAUUGAGAAGGUCCACAACCUGGAGCAACAGAACAAGGUUCUGGAAGCCGAGGUGACUCUACUGCGCCAGCGCCACACAGAGCCCUCCCGUCUGCACGACUUGUACGAGCAGGAGAUCCGGGAGUUGAGGGCGCGGGUCGAGGAGCUGACGCACGAAAAGAGCCAGAUGCACCUAGACUGCGUGCAGAUGAACGAGAUGCUGGACCGCAUGAAGGAGAAGCUGGACGAGGAGACGAGGCUCCGCGAGGAGGCGGAGGGCACCUUGAAGAGCUACCGUAAGGACGUGGAUGACGCCACGAUGUCCCGACUCGAGCUGGAGAAGAAAGUCGAGUCACUGCUGGAUGAGAUCGCCUUCCUCAGGAAAGUGCACGAAGAGGAGCAGCAAGAGCUGCAGGCUUCCCUGCAAGCCACACAGGUUUCAGUGGAGAUGGACAUGAGGGAUGAUAAACCCGACCUGGCUGUGGCCCUGAAGGACAUCCGUGCCCAGUAUGAGGUCCUGUCAGCCAAGAAUCAGAACCAGGCUGAGGAGUGGUACCGCUCUAAGUUUGCCAGUGUGAACGAGGCGGCCUCCCGCAACCAGGACCAAGCGAAGCAUAGCAGGGAGGAGCUAAAUGAGUAUCGCAGGCAGGUGCAGGCCCGCAGCCUGGAGAUUGAGGCUCUCAGGGGCCACAACGAGGCCCUGGAGAGGCAGAUGGCUGAGCUGGAGGACCGCCAUAGCAACGAGAUGGGAGAGAUGCAGGAGACCAUCCAGGAGCUUGAGUCUGCCCUCCGCAGCACCAAGGGGGAGAUGUCCCGUCACUUGCGUGAGUACCAGGACCUGUUGAAUGUCAAGAUGGCCCUGGACAUUGAGAUCGCUGCUUACAGGAAGCUGCUGGAAGGUGAAGAGUGCCGUCUGAGUACAGUUGGCGGAAAUAUCUUGCAGUCAGGUUACUCUGGCUUCUCCUAUUCGUCCAGCCGCUCCUACGCCCUGGGCUCCUCCGCCCCUUACAGGAUGAGGGGAGCCAGGCCUGAGGAACCAGAGAAGGAGGAGGAUGAGGAAGAGAAGGAGGAAGAGGAGAACGAGGAGGAAGGAGAGGAGGGAGGGGAUGGAGAGGAGAAUGGAGAUGAGAAUGCGGUGGAGAAUGGAGAGGGAGAUGAGGAGGAAGACGAGGAAGAGGAGGAUGACAUUCAGAAGAAGAAGGAAGAGAAGGGGGGUGCUCCCAGCAAGAGCACCAAGAGCUAAACUGCUUGUGUCAUUGAUCAUCAAUGCCUUUCGCCCUACUACAGUCCACUCAUUCACUCAUAUGGAUCCCUUCCCUGUCACCUCAUUUCUGAUACACAAGGACACACACGCACACACACUUACCGUACUCACGCCAGAUGCCUCACACACACUUACCGUACUCACGCCAGAUGCCUCACACACACGUACCUUCGCCUCUCGCUCUCUGGGUAUCAAUAAUCAGCUGUGUGGUGGAAAACAGAAAGACAGACAACGCAGAGAGGUGCAUUACCCUGCCAGAAGAUAAACCUGCAGCUACAUUUUCUCAGUAUUCUAUGUCACGGUUUUACUCCAUAGAUGAUGGUUACCACAGGGAGCAGAGGGAAGGUGGUCAAUGUUACAGUAUUAAGCCAGUCAGUCAGCAAAAGAGAAUGCCUUAAAGCAAGUAUGAUGUCAGAUUAAGAAGUCAGGGAUGAUAUCGCCCAGUAAGGUCCCGUCUUUAUGUGCCAUUAAGGAUAUGAGAUGUGGUUAUUAGGAGCAAUUCAAUUGUAAUCUUGAAGGUAAUAGUAGGAUACUGGUAGUAGCACACAGACUAUGCCGACUAUAUGCACAGAGGUCUAGAGCAUAGAGAUUUACCAACUUUUACCAGUCCAACAUUUAAGGUGCUUUUUGAAGAAAUAAGCAAAGAUCAUGCCCAUGGGUGCCAUGCCAUAUUCUGAGCUGAAGAUAUCAACUGGCACACUGAAUGCUCCUCCCUCCUCUCUUUUUCAUUCACAGGAGAAAGAUAUGGAAUGCUCUGUCCAUUGAGCCACUUUCUUUUCCAUCACUUUUCAUCACCAGAAAAGUCAAUAUUUCCCCACUCACCUUCCCCCCUCUCUCUGUCACUGCGAAUGUCAUAGCACGGCAAAAUGACAACAUGGAUUCUAGAAAAAAGUACAUGAAAUCAUAGCAUUUAUUUGUGAGGGUUCUAAUUUCAAAGGUAGGAGAUAAGUGCAUUGUGCAGCACCUCUUCUGUAUUCAGAAGGACAACAUUCAGGACUGAGAAAUGUAGAGUUUUAAAAUGCUGCUAUUUAUCACACUAUACCCUUAUAUUUGAUGUUGAAAUACCCUCUCUUGAUUGAUUCAUUUGUCACUGAAUGGAUAUACCCUCAAAGUAAGAUAACUCUCUCUAAACCUGAGGUAAAUGUCUCUCCUAGUCCCUUCCUUUCCCCAGAGCAGCCUAAGUCUUGUAUGUUUACUAUCUGCGGUCGUUUACUGCUCUGUACCCUACGACCUUCUGGCUGGUGGUUUGAGUGGUAAAGUGUGUGUUGUUAAGUCCCAAAUGGUACCCUAUUCCGUAUUUUCUGCACUACUUUUGAUCAGAGCCCAUCGGGAUGCAGCCUUGUUUUUGCUUUUAGCAGUGUGCUCUGCUCCAGACAGUUAACAGGCCUGUGGCUGCUGUGAAGGGCAGCUGGAGGUGACAAUGAGUGAGAGACAGCCCUCCACUCUGAUUGCAUCACAGGCAGCCGGCCGGUGGCACCUUAAUUGGGGAGUACGGUCUCAUAGUAAUGGCUGGAAUGGAAUGGUGUCAAACACAUGGUUUCCAUGUGGUUGAUAACAUUCCAUUCACUCAAUUCCAGUCCUUAUGAACCAUCCUCCCCUAAGCAGCCUCAUGCGGACUGCAGGACCAAGUGGCAGACGGUGCAGACGCCACUGGGGUCAUGGGUGGUCACAUGGUGCUGCGCCACAGAUAAGGGCUAUUAUCACCAUACCCCCGACCCCCCACCCCACCCCACUACCACAGUCUGAGAUGGACAGCAACAGUAUGUACACAGGACACCCUAGGCAGACAUAUCGUAGCUGCGCGAGAGGGACCAUAAUAGCAUACUGUAAGUUAUAUGGCCGGCUAGCUUCCAUCAAGGUGCUAAGCUAUCGAUAUCAGGACUAUCUGUGGGUCAGGAUACAGUGAGUGACUACAUAGAUAUGUAAGGUUAUAAAGAAUGAGUGAAAAUGUUACAGAAGGAGACAUUUAUGAUUUCUAGUGAUAAAAGGAAAAGUGUUGCAGGAAGUAUGUUUAGGGAAAGAAAAAUACACGGAAAACCCCAAAUGGAAUGUACUCUAGAAUCCUAUACUGUAGUAAAAUGGAAUGUACUCUAGAAUCCUAUACUGUAGUAAAAUGGAAUGUACUCUAGAAUCCUAUACUGUAGUAAAAUGGAAUGUACUCUAGAAUCCUAUACUGUAGUAAAAUGGAAUGUACUCUAGAAUCCUAUACUGUAGUAAAAUGGAAUGUACUCUAGAAUCCUAUACUGUAGUAAAAUGGAAUGUACUCUAGAAUCCUAUACUGUAGUAAAAUGGAAUGUACUCUAGAAUCCUAUACUGUAGUAAAAUGGAAUGUACUCUAGAAUCCUAUACUGUAGUAAAAUGGAAUGUACUCUAGAAUCCUAUACUGUAGUCAAAUGGAAUGUACUCUAGAAUCCUAUACUGUAGUAAAAUGGAAUGUACUCUAGAAUCCUAUACUGUAGUAAAAUGGAAUGUACUCUAGAAUCCUAUACUGUAGUCAAAUGGAAUGUACUCUAGAAUCCUAUACUGUAGUAAAAUGGAAUGUACUCUAGAAUCCUAUACUGUAGUAAAAUGGAAUGUACUCUAGAAUCCUAUAUUGUAGUAAAAUUACCUGUCCUCCAAAAUGUUUGUAAACUUACCGUGGGCAAAUGUAUAGCUUCACAGAAUGUUAAAUGUUCUGUUUCUGAGACUGGCACACACUGUGGAAGGCCUUAUCUUUAACCGUUGUAGAUAUCACUCCUUCCUUUCCUUGAGAAAUGAAUCAAUUGACAAGAAUUGACUGCAUGGCCUGAUUCUUGGGAGCUUGAAAACUGAGGAUGGGAUAGAUUUUGCUUGUUGAGUGUAAAAAAAAGAUAAUUGCCUUAACCAUGUUCAAAACAAUAAAUCAAACUUUUCACUUGCAUUUCACAUGUUUCCCGAGGUGGUUCGGGAGUGUUGACACAGACCAUUCAUUCUGCUAUACUACUGUGACUGUAUGGGCUGCUGUCUCAUGCUGUGAUAUUCCUCCCAAAGCCAAAUAAAGCGAUUUAUUAACCAAACACUCACAA